UUAUCUCCUCCCGUAGACAAGCUAAUAGCACAUAAUAGUGAAUUCUCCAAACAAUAUGCUUCUGAUGUUGAAGGCUGACAUGUUCGGUUGGAUCGCCGCUGACAGCGGAGCUCUGGAGAGCCGGUCAUUAUGAAAGCAGUGAGCGUGUGGGCCGCGGCUGCUGUCCUGUACAGUAUCGCAGUGAGCGGGAUUGUGGGAUUCGCAUUCACAGCAGCACCGACAGAGAAAAAAAACAUGGCGGCUGCCGAAUGUGCAGCAAACGAUUUGCGGAAGUGAGGUGCCCACAUUCUGCUGCUGAGGAGAGAGCACCACGAUGAGGAGACAGUAGGCACCCACCAUAGUAUGGCCGCGUCCCGCUCUUCGCGCGUCACAAGAUCAUCAGUGGGGAUAAAUGGAUUGGAUGAGAACUUUUGUGGCCGAACCCUCAGGAACCGCAGCAUCGCCCAGCCGGAAGAGAGCUCUCCGCCUCCCGUGCCCAGAGCUCGCUCGCCCAAGAAAAAGCAGGACUGUCAGCAGCACCAGCAGACCGGAGCACAGUUUGGAAAGGUAACUGAGAGCAAAGCGGAGGGCGAAGCCGUGCCUGCAUAUGGAAAACGUGGCUUGCCGACCUCCGAGAAGGAAGAGUCUGACAAAUUAGACAACUGUGAGCGUCAAAGGUCUGGGUGUGGGCCUGAAGCAUCACCUGCCCUGAAGAGGGCCAAACGCUGUCCUCGCUCAGGUGAAUCACAGGGGGCAGAGGAAGAGCCUUCUCUCAAACCAGAGAGCCCUGAUCCUGCUGUAUUGAAGGAAAAUGACGAUGGAGCCAAAUCAAAUGUUCCCUUGGCCUCAGACAAAGAGGCUGAUCAGAAAAAGGAUGGCCCAACAGAAGAGAUUGCCCUUCAACCAGAGGUCAGCGAGAACGUCAAAGCAACCAAUGGCCUUGCUGAACUCUAUAGGGAGGACUCAGAAGUUGCGGCCUUACCUGCGGAGCCCUGUGCCUCCCCUGCCACGCUCAACAGCAGUCCCUCACUGUUAAAUGGCAGCCAGGCUGCGCCCUCAUCCCCUGACCCUAUUGUGCCUUGUAGAUCCCCUCAUCCCAAGCAAACCAAUGAGCCCGACAGCCCUCAAUUUGACUGUGAGAGGAACUGCACACCUGAGGAAGCCGCUGAGGCUGUGCUAUCUCGGGAACCCGAAAUGGAGGUAGAGGUGGAUGUUGUGGGAGAGGCUGGCCAGGUUCAGGAUGAAUUCGUGAGAGAGGAAAGCACCAACGGGGACUUUCAGGCUGAACCACAGGACCCUUCUGACAACUGCUCGAAUAUCUCAGGAGAAACGCUGUUGGCUGCUUCUCAGCUGCCCGCCGAGCCCCCCUCCUUCACAGAGCCUCAAGAACACAGAUACACCCUGAGGACUUCACCGCGCCGGGCUGCCUUUGGUAGCGGGCUCAGAGCCAGCUCCCCCAAACCCACUUCCCCACACAUAGACAAUGGUUCACUGAAGGAAGAGACCACAAUGGUUCCUUUUUUCUCAGAGGACUCCAGCCAUAAAGACCCUCCCCAUGAUGCACUGGGACUUUCUUGCAAGGCAGACAGUGAACUUUUCGAGGAAGAGGUUGUCAGUGGAGAGGUCAUAGUGUCUGAUAGUAGAGAGUCGAGAUCCACCAAAGAGCUGCUGGCUGCUCAGGCUGAUGAAGAUGAGGAGGAAGAAGAGGACCCAGAUGUCUACUAUUUUGAGUCUGAUCACUUGGCUCUCAAACACAACAAAGAUUAUCAGAGGUUGCUCCAGACCAUCAGCGUACUGGAGGCCCAGCGAACCCAAGCCAUCCUGGACCUAGAGACACUGGCACGGCAUCAGAAGGAAGCCCUGUCAGAUCCCAUUGCCUUUGUGGACCAGCUACAGAAACAGGUUGACAUGGGUCUGCCUCGACCCCAGAGAGUGGUCCAGCUCCCGGAGAUUGCAUGGGACCAAUACACCUCAGGCCGGGGCGACUUUGAAAGGGAGUUCUGUGACAAGAAGCGCAAAACACGACAGUUGCAGUUAAUAUUUGACAAAGUGGGGUUGCCUGCUCGACCAAAAAGUCCUGUGGAAUCCAAGAAGGAGGGAGAAUCCUCAUCCAUCUACUCCUCCUCUUUGCCAUCGAGUGACGGUCCAGAACACAGCAUGUCCAGUAGCAGAGCACAGAUGAUCAGAGGGAGGCUGUGCAACCAGAGCAAACCUGACACCUUCAACCAACUGUGGACCAUCGAGGAGCAGAAAAAGUUGGAGCAGCUGCUUUUGAAGUUCCCACCAGAGGAGGUCGAGUCUAAACGCUGGCAGAAGAUCGCAGAUGAACUUGGCAACAGGACCGCCAAACAGGUUGCUAGCAGGGUACAGAAGUAUUUCAUAAAACUGACAAAAGCUGGUAUUCCAGUGCCCGGCAGAACACCCAAUGUGUGCAUGUACAGCAAAAAGGCCUCAAGUAAGCGACAGCACCACCUCAACAAACAUCUGUACAGGCCCUCAACGUUCCUCACCUCAUAUGAACCACCCGUCUACAUGGAUGACGAGGAUGAACGUUCACACUUCUUCAACAGCCUACAGGAUAACAGCGCAGAUGAUUCGGAUGAGGACGGGGUACCAGUGGAGCUGCGGCACCUUCCGGAGUACAAAGAGCUACUGGAGCUGAAGAAACUCAAGAAACAGAAACUACACGAGCUCCAGGCCGAGAGCGCUCUCACACAGCACGUCGGCUAUAAGUGUGACAUAUGUGGCAUGGAGCCCAUCCAGGGUGUGCGGUGGCACUGUCAAGACUGCCCGCAGGACAACGCCGUGGACUUCUGCAGUACCUGCUCUGACUGUUUGUUCAGAACGGACACUCACAAGCCCACACACAGACUGGAGCCGGUUUGCCAGGCCGAAACCUUCCUGGACAAAGACUACUGCUUACCGCAAAGUACAGGCUAUAACUACCUGGACCCCAACUACUUCCCUGCCAACAGAUGACAGGUACAAGCUCCAGCGCUACUAUUCAGGGCUGGCCUGCAGCCCCCAGGGCAUUCUGUGCAUGGCUCCAUCAUCCAAGUCAAGAAAUGCUUACGUCUGGGCGAGAAGGUACCGCAGAUGGGCCGCACCUCGCCCCGACCCGCUGCCAGAGGGGGGUGG